UUAGAUUCUGAACUCUGAAAUCUGAAUCCCAAUUCCCGCGGUUUUGGGUCGCCCGUAGUCAACAUUUCCCUCACUUCCCAUUCUCCAAUCCGUUGUGGUGCCCCUCAUCUCUGUCACACUCUGUAGGUAUAUCGUACAGGAUGGGGUAUGUUACUCCGAAUUGUAAAGAUCAACCAAUUUCAUUGUAGAUUUUCUAGCCAACACUAUUGCGGCCGAAGAGAAAUCGAUCACUACAAGUGAUCAGUUGAACGCUGAAAUUCAAAACCCUAGCUGGCUGUGGUGACUGUACGGAUGGAUAAAUCAGCAGCAUCAAGCUCCAGCUCUGCAGAGCUGCAAUGCGUCGGGCGCCUCGAAAUCGUCCGCCCAAAACCCGUUGGUUUCCUCUGUGGCUCACUCCCAGUGCCCACUGAUAAAGCCUUCCAUGCUAUCAAAUCCGCUCUGGUGCCAUCUCCCCAUACGCUGCAAGCUCCAAGGUACCGGAUGAUUCCAACUGAGACCAAUCUGAACACUUUGCCACUUAUAUCUAGUAUUCUAGAGAAGGUUGUUCCUGUGCCAGUUGCGCAGUUGAAGUCAACUGGAGAUUUGUCAUGGGAAACUAACACUGUUACAUCAAACCUUACAAGGAAAGGCGAGGCUCUAGCUGUUUCAGGUUUGGUUAAGUAUGGAGACGAGAUAGAUGUAAUUGCCUCUACUGAUAUUCUGAAGCAAAUCUUCAAGAUUCCAUACUCAAAAGCUCGAUUGUCAGUUGCAGUACAUCGUGUUGGUCAAACUCUAGUCCUCAACACAGGGCCUGAUGUUGAAGAGGGAGAAAAACUUGUCAGAAGAAAUAGUAAUUCGCAAAAAUGUGCAGAUCAAUCAUUGUUUCUCAAUUUCGCUAUGCAUUCUGUUCGAAUGGAGGCUUGUGACUGUCCACCAACCUACGCAGCACAAAAAGAAGGGCCAGAUUCAGCUGUUCACCAUCAGCAAUUUGAACCAAGGGAAGUUCCAUCUGAAUCUUUUGAACACUCAGUUCAGGGAAAGAAUACCUACAGUGAAAGUAAUACUAUUGGUCGGGAUAAAGGAUCUAGCUCUCAUUCCAAGUACUCUAAGUCUAAUCAAAAUGACUUAUUCUUUGGGAAGAAGAAAAAUAAGACACCUCAAGGUCAUGAUGCCACCAAGGUCUCUCAAGUUAAAGAAAUGCCAAGGAGUUCAGUACAAGAAUCUGAAAAAUAUAGAAGAUCUAGUAAUGAUGGAUUUUUAAGGGUCUUGUUUUGGCAGUUUCACAACUUUCGUAUGCUCUUAGGAACUGACCUCCUCAUAUUCAGCAAUGAGAAAUAUGUUGCUGUGAGUUUACAUCUGUGGGAUGUUUCAAGGCAGGUCACUCCACUUAUUUGGCUGGAAGCCUGGCUAGAUAAUGUUAUGGCUAGCAUCCCUGAAUUGGCAAUCUGUUACCAUCAAGACGGUGUUGUACAGGGCUAUGAACUCAUAAAAACUGAUGAUAUUUUUCUGCUAAAAGGAAUAUCUGAGGAUGGUUUGCCUGCUUUCAAUCCUCAUAUUGUUCAGCAAAAUGGGCUCUCUGUUCUUAGAUUUCUUCAGGACAAUUGCACACAGGAUCCUGGUGCUUAUUGGCUAUACAAAAGUGCUGGUGAAGAUGCUGUCCAACUUUUUGAUUUAUCUGUCAUACCCAACAAACAUCCGUCAGAUGACUAUGAUGACAACUCAAGUUCACUGCCAUCUCUGAUACACAGAGGAAGAAGUAGUUCAUUACUCUCAUUGGGGACGCUAUUAUACCGGAUUGCUCAUAGACUUUCACUAUCAAUGUCUUCAAAAAACUGGGCAAGAUGUGCAAAGUUGUUCAAGAAGUGUCUAGACUUUUUGGAAGAUCCUGAUCAUCUGGUUAUACGUGCAUUAGCUCAUGAACAGUUUGCAAGACUUCUAUUAACUUUUGAUGAGAAUCUGGACUUGUCCUCUGAAUCACUUCUUGUAGAGUCUGAAGUGGCAAUCACUGAUGCUGAGGAGGAAAGUUCAGUUAAUUUUUUCACUGAUAUCUCUGAACUCAGGCUUCAUGAUAGAAUCUCCUUACAAGUUUUUGGAGAUCAAUCAAGUGGAGGAGAUGAUGGGGGCCCUGUAACAGAUCCAGAAGGAAACAUAACUUUAUGCGGAAAACAUAAACCUUCAGCUCCAAGUGAGACAAAUGCAGCACACUUCAAAGACCAUCCAAGUUCCAGUGACAUAAGCUUUGAAAUUGGCAACAAUUCAGAAAGCACACGUGCUGUUGUUCAAGACAUUGCUGAUCCUAUUGUCUCUAAGCUUGCUGCAAUACAUCAUGUAUCGCAAGCUAUUAAAUCUCUUAGAUGGAAUCGGAAAAGGCAAACCAUUAACGAAGAACUAGACAAUCAUGACAGAACUGAGGAUAACCUACCUCAUUCAUUGGAUAAUUUUGUUUGUGCAUGUGGUGAUCCUGAGUGUAUUGAAGUUUGUGACAUUAGGGAGUGGCUUCCAACAUCAAAAUUGGAUGAUAAGUUGUGGAAACUUGUUCUAUUGCUUGGCGAGUCGUACUUGGCUCUUGGGGAAGCUUACAAAGAUGCUGGUCUAUUGUAUCAGGCAUUGAAGGUUGUAGAGUUAGCUUGCCUUGUUUAUGGAUCAAUGCCUCAACAUAGGGAAGACACAAAGUUUGUAUCUUCUAUGGCGUGUGGUUCACUUGUUGAAGAGGAAAUUAAUAGCAUAAGUGAAAAUGUGGAGUCUGUAGUUGGCAAUCAUGCUUUUGCGUACAGUUACCCCUUUUGGGCAAAAGCUUGGGCUUUGGUUGGAGAUGUGUAUGUGCAGCUACAUCCAGUAGAGGGUAAAGAAUUCUCUCUAAUAUCAGAGCAGAAAUGUUUUACCAAAGAGUUGAAAAUGUCAUCUGAAGUUUUAGAGGAGGUAGAAAGGCUCAAACAAAAAAUGGGACAAUUUACACAAAACUGCAACUCAUGUUCCUUGAUGAAUUGCAGCUGUCAGAGUGACAGGGCUACUAGCGGCAGCAGUGCUAGCUGUAGCUCUAGAGAUACACGCUCUUCUGUUCAUGGGAGAAAGCAGAACAAAAUGUCACCAACUAAGAGUAAUCCUUACCAUCGUUCUGAAAGUCUUGAAAGUACGCUUUUUAAAGGUAAAGGUAAAUUAUCUGUCAGAAACAAUAGUGUGAAGAACUAUAAGAGUGACAUUGAAAGAAAAGUUUCUGAUAUGAUUCCCAAUAUUGUAGAUGAAAAGAAACUGCCUGCUGCUGAAUCAUACAUAAGUGAUUCUCUGAAGCCAGGAGAUGAUGAUGAUAAUGAUAGGGCAUCACUUGCUCAGUCUGACACAUCAAAAACAAAAAAAUGUGUCAAAGUGGGGGGCAUAUUCAAAUAUAUCAGAGGUUGUAAGCUUGGUGACACUGAUUCCAACCUUUCUUAUGCCUUAAAAUGCUAUGAAAAAGCGAAGAAAGCACUCCCAGCACAUCCUACUAAUUCAACAGAGUUGCUAUCUUUGAUUAGAAAGGAAGGAUGGGUUUGCAAUGAGUUAGGUCGAAGGAGGCUGAAUAGGAAAGAAUUAGAUAAAGCUGAAAUUGCAUUUGCUCAGGCUAUUAACACCUUCAAAGAAGUAUCAGACCAUACUAAUAUUAUUUUGAUCAACUGCAAUUUGGGCCAUGGAAGAAGAGCAAUAGCUGAAGAGUUGGUGUCAAAGAUUGAGACUCUAAAAAAACAUGCAAUAUUGCACGAUGCGUACAAGCAAGCAUUGGAGAAUGCCAAAUUACAAUACAGCGAGUCACUCAAAUAUUAUGGAGCUGCAAAAGCAGUAGUAAAUGCUGUUGCUGAAGAAGCUCAUUCCAUUACUAUCAGCUUGCGAAACGAAGUACUUACACAGCUUGCAAAUACUUAUCUAAGGUUAGGAAUGCUGUUAGCCAGAGAAGAUACAACUGCAGCAGUAUAUGAAAAUUAUGUACUAGAGGAUUAUGUUGCCUCCCAUGUUACUAGACUUAAAAGAAACCCUAUAAAACAUGAGAUGUCAGCUAAUGAUGCUAUUAGAGAAGCUUUGUCCCUUUAUGAAUCAUUGGGUGAAUUACGCAAACAGGAGGCUGCUUAUGGCUAUUUUCAGCUAGCAUGCUACCAAAGAGAUUGCUGCUUGAAAUUUUUGGAGCAAGAUCAGAAUAAAAACAUCUUGUCUAAGACUGAGAUGAGUUCUCUCCAAAGGGUAAAACAAUAUGCAUCAUUGGCUGAGAGAAACUGGCAGAAGUCAAUGGAAUUUUAUGGGCCAAAAUCACAUCCACUAAUGUAUUUGACUAUCUUGAUAGAAAGAGGAGCUCUCUCGACCAAUCUGUCAAGUUCUCUUCAUUCAAAUAUGCAACUCCUUGAAUCAGCUCUUUCUCGGAUGCUUGAAGCGCGCCAAUUAUCUGAGAACACAUCAUUGGGUGACGAUGGUCAUGAAAUUUGUGCAAGAUUUUGGAGUCAGUUGCAGAUGUUGUUGAAGAGAAUGUUGUCCGUAACACUUUCAACCAGCACAAACAAGCCUUCUGGGGGGGCUCAGCAUAUUGCAUCCAAUAAAUCUGCAGCUAGUACUGGAAAGCUAAAGGAGCUUUACAAGAUGUCUUUGAGGUCAGCCGAAUUUAAUCAGUUAAAUGCCAUGUACAACUUGUGGGCGUCAUCCUAAAUUGCUUGGAAGUUAACAUGGUGCUACCUCUACCAACACCCGAAUGUGCAUGGAGUAAAGAAAUUGGUGUUUCACAAAACAUCUCGUUGACAGUGGGAUAUAAGGCUAUUAAACGGCCACUUAUGAGAGUAUUAUGAGAAACGGCGAUCCAAUAUAAGGCUAUUAAACGGCCACAGUUUAGGGUGUUUCACAAUGCCCUAAACUGGGAGCGCUACCGAAACCUAAAAGUAACAGAGUCCAUUGCCUGAAGAAUUAACACCUGAAGAGUCAAAGAAGAGGUGCACAGAAUGAGUUUUUCUUUGAAGAGUAGAAGAAACUCCCAAUGGAAGAGUCAGCUAGAGACGGAAAAAAUAGAAAGAGCAGAGUAAAGCGACACAAUUCCCACUUUGACCGGGCAAAAUCUUAGAGCAACCUUUUAAAAGUUUUAAUUGUUUGACUCUGUUAAAUUAAGUUCAUUAUCGAGAGCCAGUUACGGAAUUCAUCAUCACAGAUUUGUAGUGGUACUCAUUGUGUCAGAUUUCACUAUUUUGUACAAGUAGGACUUUGAUGAAUUUUAAUAAACUGAAUAUUCUUAACUAGAUGAAGUAUUUGUUUUUUAUUUAUUUUAA